AUGAUAUACUCUCGCUCCUCGCUUGCAUGUGUAGAUGACCUGGAACUUUUUCACACCAUAAACGGCCAAGACGACAUCAACAUCCUGCAACAGCAAUUCACCACUUUUGCUCACUGGUGCGAUAUCAAUUGCUUGCUUUUGAACCGCAGUAAAUUCACGGUUCCUGUCGCCGUUCUUUCCACCGUUCCUGUCGCCGUUACAGCCAUCGUUCUCGCCAUCGAUCCUGCCAUCUCAACUACUGCCGUUCGUACCGCCGUCUCUGCCGCCGUUUCUGCCGCCGUUUCUGCCACAGUUCUAGCCACCAUUCCAGCCACCGUUCCAGCCGCCGUUCCUGCCGCCGUUCCUACCGCCGUUUCUGCCAACGUUUCCGGCGCCCUUCCAGCCGCCGUUCCUGCCGCCGUUCCUGCCGCCGUUCCUGCCGCCGUUCCUACCAUUGUUUCUGCCAACGUUUCCUCCGCCCUUCCAGCCACCGUUCCUGCCGCCGUUCCUGCCGCCGUUCCUGCCGCCGUUCCUGCCGCCGUUCCUGCCGCCGUUCCUGCCGCCGUUCCUGCCGCCGUUCCUGCCGCCGUUCCUGCCGCCGUUCCUGCCGCCGUUCCUGCCGCCGUUCCUGCCGCCGUUCCUGCUGCCGUUCCUGCCGCCGUACCUGCCGCCGUUCCUGCCGCCGUUCCUGCCGCCAUUCCUGCUGCCGUUCCAGCCGCCGUUCCGGCCGCCGUUCCUGCCGCUGUUUCUGCCACCGUUCCUGCCGCCGCUCCUGCUGCCGUUCCUGCCACCGUACCUGCCUCCGUUCCUGCCGCCGUUCCUGCCGCCGUUCCUGCCGCCGUUCCUGCCGCCGUUCCUGCCGCCGUUCCUGCUGCCGUUUCUGCCGCCGUUCCAGCCACCGUUCAAGCCACCGUUCCAGCCGCCGUUCCUGCCACCGUUCCUACCGCCGUUCCUGCCACCGUUCCUGCCGCCGUUCCUGCCGCCGUUCCUGCCGCCGUACCUGCCGCCGUUCCUGCCGCCGUUCCUGCCGCCGUUCCUGCCGCCGUUCCUGCCGCCGUUUCUGCCGCCGUUCCAGCCGCCGUUCCGGCCACCGUUCCUGCCGUCGUUCCUGCCGCCGUUCUUACCGCCGUUGCUGUCGCCGUUCCUGCUGCCGUUCUUGCCGCCGUUCCAGCCACCGUUCCAGCCGCCAUUCCUUCCGCCGUUCCUGCCACCGUUCCUGCCACCGUUCCUGCCGCCGUUCCUGUCGCCGUUCCUGCCGCCCUUCCUGCCGUCAUUCCGGUCAUCGUUUCAGCCAUUGUUUAA